GCCUGUCAACCUCGUAAAGUCCGCCAACCGCGGCGAUCGUACGGACGUUACACCGUUUAAACGCGUUUAAACCGCCGAAAAUCACACACACAGCGCGUCAAUCAUACCAAAUAUUAUCCGUACAAGCGUGGUUUAUUGUUGUAUUUAUUCAGUUGGGGUGUAAGUGAUGAGUGUGAUUUGAUUUUCGGCGAAACGCGGCGGUUGCGCGUGGUUACAGGCGACUGAUGCCGUUUGGCGGGCUUCGGUGCGUGUGCAUGCGUACGGCGGGCACAAUGGCUGCACCAGCACCACCACCGAUGGCAAAGCCCAGUUAGAUCAGCAAUCAACACCGUAAUUCAUCCAGAUAACACUACAAUGAACGAGGCAUAACACACAAACACAGUGUAAAUUAUGUCGGCUGUUAUAAACCGUCUGCUGCGUAAGCCCGAGGAGCGCGCCGUGCCUGAUUCCACGACAGUCGUCGACCGUUUGGUGGACUUCGUCAGCGGGCAAGAUGUCCUGCUGAAGAAAGACGGGAAAUAUUACUGCGGCACGGUUGUUGAAGUAGAUCCCAUCCGUGAGCAAUGUUUCGUUAAGUUUGGCGAUAACACCGACAGCUGGGCGUGUUUCAAAGAUCUAGUAAAGCUCAGCACACCCAAGGAUCCCAUGUGCGUGAUCUGCCGUAAAUCAACGCCGAAAACCAAGGAUGAGAUCCGUGAAUGCGAUAAAUGCAAACGCGCGUACCAUCGUAAGUGUCACCAGCCUAUAAUACCGGCUGAUGAUAAAGAUGGUAACAUCCAGUUGAUCGGUGAUUGGAUUUGCAAGAGAUGCGUGGAUACAGAGCCUGUGCGAGCGAAAAAAAAGCUGUGUCAUGCAUCUAAUGUCACAACUAUAGUUAGACCACUACCCUAUGAUCUUGAUUCGUUGACUUGGGACUCAUAUCAUCGCAGCAACACGGAGCACACGUAUUGUUAUUGCGGGAAGGCAGGGUUCUGGGACACGCAGAUGUUGCAAUGCUCAAGAUGUCGGCAGUGGUUCCAUGAGAAGUGUUUGAGUUGUCUUAGGUUUCCAAUAUAUUGCGGGGAUAGGUUCUAUGUGUUUGCCUGUGUCAACUGCAACGAGGGCACGGAGUUUGUGAGGCGGUUGGAGAUCAAUUGGGUGGAUCUGGUGCAUCUUGCGCUGUUUAAUCUGACGGUUUACAAGUCGAGGAAGUAUUAUGAUUUGGAUAGCGUUAUCGUGCCGUAUUUGGAGGAUAAUUGGCAUGCAUUGCAACUUCCACCAAAGAUAUAUCACGUAAGCAAACAGCAGCGCCGCGCUCUAAUCCUCAACGUGCUGACAAAAAACCGCAAACGCUUCAAAUGCGGCCGCGAAAUCAAGAAACGCACGACAAUUUGGGGCCUCCGUGUGCGUUUACCACCGCCAGUGCCAAUGAUCCAACUCCCGGCGACUGGUUCCCUCUGCGUUAACGAUCUGCAAGGUCGCUGGGCCGGAAACCGUCAGCUACAGUUCCUCCCGCACCUAGAAAAUAUUCCCUACGUGCACAUCGCGCCGGAAACCAUGUCCGGCGCGCAUUACCAGGAUGAUCAAGGUCAUUCAGAGACGGAAUCACCUUGUCCUAGUCCCAAGAGUGAGGAGGGUGAUGAAUAUCCCGUUGCUCCUCCAGCUACGUUCAUACAUUCGGGUGCAGUGAAGAAAAGCGUUCCGUUUCCGAAUAUAAAACACAAAAAACGUUUGCUUUCGCUAAAUAGCAGGAAAAGGGAUAAGAUUCUGCGUAGACAGAAACGAAAAGGGUGUAGGGAGCAACCGCGGAGGUUAACCAGACUUAGUUUGGAUAGUCUGAAUAAUAAAACGAGUAGUAAGGAGCCUCUGACGCCGCCCACGUCGGUAUCAGCGCCCCCUACACCGCCAAACUCCGGAUCAGGUUCAAAUGUACAUUCUGAGUUGUCUAUGGACUUUAACGAUGGUUUCGGGCUGGGUUGUGGGUUGAAAAAAGAUAAAGAAGAACCACACACGCCGUGUGAUACUUCCGGCGAUGAAACAAGUUCAAAAUCCACGCUGGAUUUGAUAAUUCCGCCACCGAAAGACUUUGAGGGUAAAAACAAUCCGUUUCGUGCGUUUCCACGUGUAGAUGACGCUCGCAAGCGACGCAGCAAGGAUAUCACUCUCCCUUUACCUCUAACAGCGGUUAUACCAGGUAAACCUGUCGGGCGUCCACUCAAACGUCAAUUAAGCGAGAAAGACAUACGUAUCGGGCCGAAUGGUGAAGUGAAACGCCGACGACUACGACGCAGUCGCAGCGGGCAGAAUUACACUGCGCCUGCAACAGCGACAGCCAGUAAAACAGCAACUGUCAUCCCAGCGAGAGCCGAUUCUGAUUGGGCGACACAUCAAACACUAGAAACGAAUUUGAUUACGGAUUGUGUGGAUUAUGCACUCAACGGGCGUAGACUACGUCAGAGACAGGAUAAAACUGAAAAAGAGAAGAAACCACCAACACCGAAACCAUCUCCAGCGAAAACCGAGCCGGAUAUCUCCAUGGAUGAUCUGAAAUCGUCCGUGCAUAGCUACUUUGGCGCUGCGACGCGGAUUCAAGAUGGCGAACGCUUUGUAGUGCGCGCGAAACGCUACGGACCCAGUGGGAAACUAGAGUAUUUGAUGGAAUGGGAGGGCGUAAAUAAAAAUCUACAAUAACUUUGAUAAAAAAAAUUAAACAAGAAUAAUUCAGGGAUAACAGGAUUUAAAAAACUCUACUCUACUCAUGAUUAUAAUAUUUUCGGUUGUUUUGAAUGUUUUGAAAGCGCCUAUAUGAUUAAUAAGUGCCUUGUGAUGAAGGCACGCAAAUGUAUCUGAUGUACUGAAUUAUUUUUUAACGAAUUUUGUAGGAAAACGAACGAGAACAUCAAUGUAAAUACUUUCCUUAGGUGUAAUUUAAGUUUCUGUUGAAAUUUGAUUGCGGAUGUAAGCAUUUAUUAUUUAAAUAUGUUAAGUUUACUUUUUAAAUUAUUGGCACACAAACGGAAAUACAAAAUGGCGGAUCGGGGCACAUACAGUAUAGCUAGGUUAACAUGCGAUGAAAUUGUUGUUUAGAUGUUAUUUGAUGUGCGGUGAGCAAAGCAAAACCAAAUUAUUCGAAAUGUUCCUCGGGAGGGUAAGGAAGAGACCUGCGAUUGUUUUUUGCUAGAUUGCUCUAUUUAUUAAGUGUUAUCGUAUAUUUUUAUAUCACCUCAUCAAGCGAAAUUGUAUUUUAUGCAUACACAUAUACACACUGCCAAAAAAAAACCCGAAACGAACGAACGAACACAAAGUCACUGCCUGUUAUCUCACGCGAAUAUUAUUUCUAAUUGAGUAUGUUUAAUCUCUUCUUUUAGUCGAAUGAGUUUCAAGACUGGGCAUUUCACACAAACACAUUAACAAACCACUUAAAUGAAAAGAAAAUAACAUAAUUGUAUCAUUAUUGUUCAUUUGGAUGUAUAUAAAGUUUAUACAACAUUCGAA